UUGACAUCAAAGUUUCAUAACAAUGACAAUGUAUUGCAAUGGCCCCGUGCAUGCAUGGCGCGGAAGGCGUGGAACGGUGCUAGUAGUUUUGGCGACGGCUUCGGCCUGGUCUCUACUGUCACAAUGUUGCACCUUUGCUGUGCCACAAGCACGAGGAAAGCUGCUGGAUGCAACCGGCACUGAUGUGUAUGCGCAUGGCGCAGAGUUGGGCAUGCAGGAGCCAAAAUUCUCAAGUCGCACUUCGUUUGUUGCAGCUGGUGCCCUCCUUGCAGCUACCACAGCAAGUGUGGAGAGGCUGAAGCUCCAGCAUCGAAUGGCCGCGGAAUCAUCAGAGACAGAAGCGGCACCACCAAAACCAAAGAAGGUGCGAAUUACAGCAUUUGACUCUAUACGGUUUUUCCUGAUUGCCUACAUCGUGUGUGGACAUUUCAUCACGUUCGCGGCUCCGGGCCCUUUUGCACUUAAAGCGAUCUCGCAGAUCAACGUGGUUGUUGGGGCAUUCUUCGCAUUAAGUGGCUAUGUGGCGGCAUACACCACCACGGAAAAUGCUGAGCGGGCUGCGAGCCCCAAGUUGCUCAACACGCCACCACCGAAGUGGUUUCUGCAGCGUGUGUUUGGCUAUUACCCUUUGCAUUUGCUGGUGCUGCUGCUGUUCUCGCCCAUGUUUCUUUUCUCGGAUGUGACUUUCAGUGGCUGGCCCACUGCAAUCUGGCACGGAUUUUUAUCUGCUGGUAUGCUUCAAGCCUGGUUCCCGAUGCAUGCAGAGGUUUGGAACGCUCCAACAUGGUUCCUCUCAGCUUUGACUUUCGCCAUGGCCGCACUGCCUUUUGCGCUGCCAGUUCUGGCCAAGCAAAGCAAAUCCGAACUUCGCAGAACUGGCCUCGUGCUUUUCUUCAUAGGCUUGCUUCCAAAGCUGGGCUACUGCUAUGACCACCAGGCCUGGGGGAUGCUGGAAGGAGCCAUGUCGCCAAAGGCAAUGCCAAACUUGGCAAUCUUUAACAUGCAACGCUUCAACCCGUUUUACGCCUUGAUUGAGGUAUUGCUUGGAGCAGUCGCAUGUCGACUUGUCAUGCUUGAUGGUGCCAAAGGUGAGGAAAAGGCCCCCAAGACGAACGUGCUCAGUACCCUGGUUCCUUUGCUGGGCAUGGUGGCUGUAGUGGUUCUGCGUGCCAUGGGGGUUUUGGAGCUGAGUGACCUUUUGACCAGAGCACUAGUAUUCAUUCCCCUGUUCUUGUACUUUUUGAUGAGUGCACAUCGGGCAUCAGUCCUUCCUGAAGUGAAAGAUGGUGUUGUAAAAUGUCUUGGAAGCAAGUUCUUGGUCGCUUUGGGCAACCUUGCCUUUCCUAUUUUUGUGGUGCAUGGACCCAUCGGACAAGUCUUUUACAAAAAGGUGAUUGCAACCAAGCUUUUUGGAGGGACCAUGCUGGCAGUGGUCGGUCCGCAGUUCUUCUACGCGUACUUGGCGAUCGUGCUCGUCGCAGCAUGGGUCUUGCAGAAGGCAUUCCUGACCAACAAGCAGGUGAGCUCCCUCUCCAGUAAGGCAGUGGAGAAGCUGUCAAAGCUCUUCGGAAGCUCGUGAUGAUAUUAUCAGGAGACUGAACUCUAGCCCUAGAGCGUUCUUGUGUUUCUUGUAAGCUUAUCAGGUGAGCUACAGCUACAACUCUUGAAGGAUUCGCUGGAGCCUUUCCUCCUUGAAUUGAUUGGUUUUUAAGGUCACCACAUCAGUGGGUGACUGGCAAUUGAUUUCAUAUAUUUAUUGUGUACACCUUCCAAUGGACUGCCAAGGGGGCAAGGGUCCAAAUUGAAUGGUGUGUUUUCCAA